GACAGAGCAAGAGCUGGAAACAAGCAUCAGUGAAGAAUGAAGGCUUUAGUAUGUAUACUGCUGCUGUUGGAAACCUUUGUGUUUGUCGUCCAGCAGCAGGUAGAUGGAGGACUCAAUAAGAAGGAGAUCAGUCAACAGAUCAGCUCUGAGGAUGGAAGACAGAAUCCACCUCAAACAGACACUUUGAGAGCUGAAGCUUCAACUGACAGACAACAAUACUGUGAUCUGGGCAUCCCUGACAUCCAUGCAGCACUGAGAGAACUGACCGCCACCGUUACAGAGCAGAAAGAAAAGAACAGAGAACUGACCGCCACCGUUACAGAGCAGAAAGAAAAGAACAGAGAACUGACCGCCACCGUUACAGAGCAGAAAGGAAACAUCAGAGAACUGACCGCCACCGUUACAGAGCAGAAAGCAAACAUCAGAGCUUUAGAGACGCAACUGAGGGAACAACAGACGUUUAUCCUGGAAGAGCUGAAGAAGAAAAAUGAAGAAAUUUCAAGACAAGUGGAGGAGUUGAGAAAGGAAAAUAGAGACAGAGAAAUAGCUUUUUCAGCUUCACUGUUGGAAUCUGGCAGUGGAUAUGUUGGUCCUUUUACCACUGAAAUCACACUAACAUACAAGAAUGUCUUCACAAACAUAGGGAACGCCUACAACCCAAUUACAGGUGUUUUCACAGCCCCUCUGAAAGGAGCGUACAUGUUCAGAGUCUCUGUAUUUAGUCAUGGUCCGACUGUGUCAGGUGCCUCCAUUUAUAAGAAUGAACAGCGUGUGGUUAUGGCAUAUACUAAUCAGCCUCAGAAUGAGUUAAACUCCUCGAAUGGAGUAGUGUUGAUCCUGGAGGUUGGAGAUGUUGUCUAUGUGAGACUGUACCCUAACACAAGGAUAUUUGAUAACGAUAAUAACCACAGCACUUUCAGUGGUUAUCUACUGUUUCCCUUAAGAUAACAGGAGCUCUGAAGAAUGUGAUUCCAAUAAUUCUGGACCUUCAGUGCAUGAUUUAAGAUAAAUCAUGAUGAAUUUUUAACAUAUGAACCUGUAUUAAUAAAGACUAAUGUGUGUUUUGAAUUUGCAUAAGCUGUAUAAAGUGUUUCAGCACUGAGACAGACAGGUCGAAAACCACGUGUGACUCAAAAGUAGGGCUCCUUUAUUAAAUUGUAGUCUCUGUUUAAAAAAAAACAUCCUUGAUUGCAAUUUACCUGUGUCGAGUAACCGGCAAAAUACAAGAAGUGGCGCAUAUCCACAGACGAGAAUCCAUGAACCGCAUUAUUGGACCAUUUUGUAAGGCUGCACAAUAUAUUAAAACCUUUG